CGUUGAGCAGACUCGUGCCUGCUGCUAGCUGAAAUCAAGUAUACGCAUUGAAAUCAAGUAUACGCUGCGCGAUGCCAGCUUUUUCGAAAAUAUUGUCGCUGACCGGUUGGUCUGGAAGGCAGCCAAUGCGUCAGUACAGCGCCGCAGCACAAUCGCAGCUGCGUGAGCUGCUCGGCAAGCAGCUGAGCGGCAUUAAGGAGGCCGGCACGUUCAAGGCGGAGCGCAUCAUCACCUCAUCGCAGAGCACGCAGAUUACGGUGCAGGGCAGCGAUCAGAAGAUACUCAACUUCUGCGCCAACAACUAUCUGGGACUGGCGAACAACCCGGAGAUUGUGCAGUACAGUCAGCAGCUGCUGGGGAAGUAUGGCGCCGGCUUGAGCUCUGUGCGUUUCAUUUGUGGCACUCAGGAUAUUCACAAGCAGCUGGAGCAGAAGAUUUCGCAAUUUCAUGGGCGGGAGGAUACCAUAUUGUACGCCUCCUGCUUUGAUGCCAAUGCUGGCAUCUUUGAAGCUAUACUCACGCCAGAGGAUGCCGUCUUCUCGGAUGAGCUGAACCAUGCGUCCAUCAUUGAUGGCAUUCGUCUGUGCAGGGCCAAGAAACAGCGCUAUAAGCACCGCGAUCUGGCUGAUCUGGAGCAGCAGCUGCGCUCGACCGAUGCUCGGCUCAAGCUGAUCGCCACCGAUGGAGUCUUCUCCAUGGAUGGCAAUAUAGCACCGCUGGCACGCAUUGUCGAGCUGGCCAAGAAGUACGAUGCACUAGUUUUCGUGGAUGAGUGCCAUGCGACGGGCUUCUUUGGGGCCACCGGUCGCGGCACAGAGGAGUACGACAAUGUCAUGGGCGAGGUGGACAUUAUCAACUCAACGCUGGGCAAGGCCCUGGGCGGCGCCUCUGGCGGCUACACCACUGGUCCUACCGAGCUCAUCUCAUUCCUGCGCCAGAAGUCACGCCCAUAUCUCUUCUCCAAUACCCUGCCACCGGCGGUGGUCGCCGUGGGCCUGAAGGUCAUGGACAUGCUGCUCAGCUCAAGUGAACUAAGUCAGCGCGUCCAAAGCAAUACCCAACGCUUCCGCCAGGCGAUGACCAAGGCUGGCUUCACCAUUGCCGGCGAAAAUCAUCCCAUUUGCCCAGUGAUGCUGGGCGAUGCUCGUCUCGCAUCCAGCUUCGCCGAUGAGAUGCUCACACGUGGCAUUUAUGUCAUUGGCUUUAGCUACCCGGUGGUUCCGCAGGGCAAGGCACGCAUACGCGUCCAAAUCUCUGCAGCUCACACAGAGUCAGAAAUCGAUCAAGCUAUUCAGGCGUUCAUCGAGGUGGGACGCUCACUGAAGGUCAUCAAAUAAUUAUGCAAACCUCAAUGAGAUUUGGUACAAGUUUUUGCAUUUAGAAUUAUUUCAGGAAAUUCGUUGGCAUUUAUGGAAC